GUCCGGCAGAGUUCAUUUAUUCUGUUGAGGAGGAUAUUGUACAAAAUAUACAAGUGUUUGGGUGAAAUAUCAGGGCUAUGAGACACUGAGGUAGAACCCUUCAGAUUCUCCAAUUUAUCCUUUGCACUCCAGUGACUGCAGGAAAUUAAUUGUGUACAGUUAUCAUUCACUUCAGAUAAAGAUGGCAUGGAGGUGGGAAGUGCUCUCAUUACUGUGGAUACUGAUAGAAGGUGUUUCCAGUAGGCAGUGGGGCGCCUGGAUGCCACAAACUAUUUCUGCCUUCAGCGAGACAUGUGUGGCUAUUCCCUGUAGGUUUGAUUACCCCGAUGACCUUCGGCCUUCAGUGGUACAUGGAAUCUGGUACUUUAACAGCCCAUAUCCCAAAAACUUCCCUCCUGUGGUUCUGAAAUCCAAGACAAACACCGCUCAUGAACUUUACAUGGGGCGCACAAAGCUUCUGGGUGACCUGCAGGAGAAUAACUGUACAAUACAGAUCGAUAAAGUUAGCCUGGAACUGCAGGGAAAAUAUUAUUUCAGGGCUGACCUGGGUGGUUAUAACCAAUACACGUUUUCAGAGCACGCCAACCUGCAUAUACUAGAUGAGCCUUUUGUAGUUCCUCCCCAAGAAAUUGUAUCAGGAUCUGAAGCAGAGCUAACGUGCCUUGUCCCAGAUAACUGUCCUGACAUGAAGCCCAGUGUAACAUGGGUUGAAAUUGAAGGACUAGAACACCAUUCAGUUUAUGCAAGACUGGAAGAUAGCAGUGGGGCUUGGACAUACCUGUCUACUCUAAAGUUUCUACCUUCAUAUAGAAACCAUGGACAGAGACUGGGCUGCAAAGUCAGCUAUUCGGGCAGUGACAUGGAGUAUAAAGGGUUUGUUACAAUGGAUGUCAAGUAUGCUCCUCGGAUUGUUGAUAUCAACACGCCUAUUGAAACCACAGAAGGAACUCAUGUCAUGUUUGUAUGUGUGGUAGAUAGCAAUCCUGUGUCACGGGUCAUGUGGUAUAAAGAGUUCACACUCUUAAAGGAAGACUAUACCGCAAACUUGACUCUAGAGCUGGAAUAUGUAACCUACAAUCAUGAUGGGAUAUACAUUUGUGCUGCAGAAAAUGAGCAUGGAAAAGUCAAUAAAUCUAUGGGACUAGCAGUCAUGUAUGCCCCAUGGAAGCCUUCAGUGAAUGCGUCAGUCAUAGCCAUAGAGGGUGAGACCGUCACUAUACAGUGCAACACUCAGGGAAACCCAGACCCCAUCAUCUCUAUUGUGAAAGACAAGCAAGUGCUUAACUCUGUCAUCUUUGAGAAUGAGUUGGUGCUAGAAAUCCCUGCAGUCUCCCAUGAACAUGAUGGAGAGUAUUGGUGUGUGGCUGAAAACCAAUAUGGACAUAGUAACAGUUCUUUUAACCUCACAGUUGUUUUUUCACCAUUGGUUUUACCUGAGUCUAAAUGUACAGUUACAAAGGACACGGUUCAAUGUAUGUGCACCGUUAAAUCCAACCCAGAUCCUGUUAUUUUGUUUGAGCUUCCAGAGAAAAACCUUUCUGUCAGUGAGCUGGACCCUGGCUUUGUGCAUUCCCAAAGAAAUGGAUACAUGGUCAGUAGCAUCCUGACGCUACAGAAAGAAUCCCAGUUGCCUCAAGUGAUCUGUUCAGCCAGCAAUAUCUAUGGGAAAAAGGUUCACGAGCUAAUUUUUCAGGAUUCCAAUAACUUACUUUGGGGGAAGAUUGGACCUGUUGGAGCUGUUGUUGUCUUUGUAAUACUUGUUGCAGUUGGUGGAUAUUUUAUUAAAACAAGAGAAAAAAAGAAUAUCCCAGAAAGUUCUAGCUUUAUUCAAACUGAGACCUCUCCAACGUCAUAUAGUGGUGACGGAUCAAGCAAGAAAAAUCUUGGAAAGAUAGAGAGCCAGUUUCUCAGUGUUUCUGAAAGAAUCCUUAUGAGUAAGAGACAGCAUCCUUCAAAUGUGGACACAGACUAUGCAAACAUUGACUUUACAAAGAAGAACGUUAAAGACAGCUUCACCUCCCCCGAGGAACUUACAGAAUAUGCAGAAAUUCGAGUCAAAUGACGGGCACUCAUCUAACAGCACAAAUAUAAUAUUCUGCCACCACCAUAAAACACAAUGAUGUGCUGUAACAAAAAAAAGGAAUAAACAGGGUACCAAAAUCAUACAUUUAAAAAAAAAAAUAUGUUUAUUGAAAGCAAUGCUUCACUUUCCAUAGUCAUUGAUUUUUGGUGAAUAUUCCAUUAUUUAGUAAAAUAUGUUGCAUUUUUUCAUUUAAAGGGACAUGAUCAAACCCAAAAAUGUUCUUUCAUUAUCUAGAGAGUGCAUACAAUUUUUACACUUUUUCCAAUGUACUUUUAUUAUCAAAUUUGCUUCAUUCUCAUGGUAUUCUUUGUUUAAGGGAUACCUCGGUAAGUAGCAUGUAAAUAGCUAAAACAAUUCAUGGCAGGAAAAAGUGCUGCCAUCUAGUGUUCUUGGAAAUGAAUAACAUCCAAAUAGUGUGAACAGCCUUGCACAUUCUUGAAUAUACCUCCCUGCAUUUCAACAAGAAAUACCAAGAGAUCAAAGAAAGUUUGGUAAUAGAAAUAAAAUGGAAAGUUAUUUAAAAUGUAAUGCUCUAGCUGAAUCAAAAAAUAUUUUUGGGGUUUCACGUCCCUUUAAAAUUGUGAUAAUAGUACAACUGUUUUGUAUCAAUAUAAUUUUCAAUGUGUUAUUUCAUGGUUAAAUACUAUCAAGCUGGCAUUAGUAUCAGUAUGAUAAUAUUUCUUCUGACUUGGCUCUCUGCAUCAAUGUGGAUUAUGUGGGUGGCAGAUAUGACAUUUGGCCAAGGGAAAGUAUUACUGAAAAAGGUGUAAGCAAUGCCAUUUAUGUAUCAAGAAAUCACCCCAUUCUCAGGCAGUGCUGUUUAAAAAAUGCAUGUGGUUAUGCAUUGACACCUUUUUUGUGCUGUUAGUCUCUGAAAUUCAGUUGUAAAUUAUCCUUGUUUUUUUAGUUUAAGUUCACUUAAAUUCUUCAGUUGCUGGAACAUGAUAAUGAAGGAACUGAAGUUAUUUUUAGUUUGACAUGCUGGGAAUCUGUGUUGCACCUUUCUAUUAAGCACUUCAAUAUCUUGUAGUAGUAACUGAAACAAGUUGGCUACCAGUAGGGCUAGGAAUGCAUUAGAGCACAAUCAAUGCAUUUGUGGCUCUUUUGGAAAUCAAGAUCAAUCUAAAGAAAAUAAACACACACACACACACACACAUAUAUAUAUGUAUGUGUGUAUACAUAUAUAUAUAUGCUUCUUCUUGUGAAAGUGCAACACACAUAACUUUGUAUGUUGCACUUUAAAAAAAAAAAAGUAAUCCGGCUCCUAAAAGAGACGAAUGCCAUGAGUGGCCGCUCUCUUUUGCAUUCGACAUUUAUAUAUAUA